AUGCUGAACGAGAGUUUAUUGAAUGAUAGUUUACUCUCUCAAACAUUAAAUACUGUUAUAAAACUAGAAAAUGGAGAAAAUGAAGUAUUAACUCCAAAUAUUACUGUGAAAAAUUCACCAAAUGAAAAAAUUAAUGUUAAAACAGAAAUUAAAGUAGAAACUGAGCAUGUUGAUCUAAAUGUGACAGCUAUUCGCAAACUAGAAGAUUUAUGUGAAUUCUCCCCAAAUGCUGUUAAAAUAGAACAUUUAGAAAAUACAGAAAACAUCAAAGUAGAAAAUACAAAUAGUUCACAAACUUCUAGUAAUGUAAAUAUAGAUUUGUAUGAAUGUGAUGAUGGUACAUCUAAUAAGCAAAAAAGAAGAAGACUUCAUACAGAUACUGAAAAUUAUGAUAUAUUAUCUGAUGUGAUUAAAAAUGAAUUAUCCAAUACUGAAUUAUAUGACAUAGAAGUUACAGACAUGCUACAUGAUAUAGAUUCUCUGAUGGACUUUGAAGAAAGUAAAACAUUUCCAAAUUUUUUUUGUUCAACAGCUAAUGAUAGCAUUGAAAUUGACAAUAAUAUAGAAAUAUCUCAGCUUUUAGAAGUUGAUCCCCUUGCUAUUACUGAUUGUGAUGAAGAUAAUACAAUUGUUGAAGAUCAAAUAAAUGAAAACAAAAGAACAAAACGGGUAAAGGUUGUAUCUAAGCCAAAAAAAUUGUCUGGAAAUAUAAAAAAUAAGACUAAAGGUACAAAAAUUACUAUUGAAAAAACUGCUGAUGUGGAUUAUGAUCAUAUAAAAGAAAUCUUAGGAACUUUGGACAUUGACCUAGAUAUAAAAAAAGAAGAAGAGGUAAGAAAGGAAGUAAUAGAAGAAGAGGAAAGAAAGGAAGUAAGAAAGGAAGUAAUAGAAGAAGUAAAAGAGGAAGUGAAAGAAAAAGAAGAAGAAAUAUCCAAAGAUGCACUAAAGAAAUUAUAUAGUCUAAAAGUAAACAUAAUACACAAAGUACCACCACAACAUGACAUUGAAGGUGUAUUAGGCACAAAGCCAUUAACAAAAACGCAAAGAAAGCUAUUUUUAAACUAUGGACCAUUAAAAGAUGGUGUAUUUACACCUAAUGAGGAUAAAAUUAUUAAAGAAAAUUGGAAAACGUUUUGUGAAGUUCAUGAUUGGAAUCCUAAAUAUGUGCAACCAUUUCUUUGCAUGACAAUUAAUGGUCAAUUUUAUAUAAAAAGCUUAGAGCAGAGGAAAAAAUUUGCUCAGUUUUUAGCAAAUGGAAUACCAUGGAGAUCACUGUAUAGUGUAUAUCACAGAUUUAAAAAUUUGCAUAGGAAAUAUGAAAAAAGUUUUCAUAGAUACACACCAGCUGAAGAUCAAACAAUUUUAUCCUACAUGAAAAAAGGUAGGAAGAAGAAGAAGCAUACAAAAUACGCGGAUUUAAGUAAAAUAUUAGGUCGUACAAGCCACUCAAUUUGGAUGCGGUAUCAAUUGCUUCAAAAAAUGCAGAAAGAUGGUAAAAAAGAAUCAAUGUAUGAUGUUACAUGGACAUUGUCUUUAAUUGGUACAUUUAUAAAAAAUUUAAUGAAUAUAACUUUAUGUAACAAUGUAAAGGAUUUAAAAGAUGCUAUUAUUCCAAAACCAGUCUGGCUGAAAUUAGAAGAAAAGCUAGGCAUAGGCUAUAAUCUAUUGAAAUUAUUCUGGUGGAAUCAGUUGCAUGCACAAUUAUUUUCUACAGAACCUAUUUACUUAAAUGACAUAAAAAUAAAGUUAAUCGAAUACGUUUACGGAAAAGGAAUUUCGAAUACCCGAGAAAUAGUCUGGCAGGAUGUUGCAAAAUAUUUUGAUGGAAUUACUAGUAUCUUUUUGUGUAAAGUAUUUUAUUAUCUUGUACAUAAAGCGGCUGUAAAAAUAAGUACAACAGAUUUUCCUGCUAUUGUAGAGUACUUAUAUAAUAGGGAAAUACGUUAUAUAAAAAAUGAAGUGAUUGAUAGAUUUCUUCCUAGACUCUCUUAUGAUAACGAGAAAGUUGACUUUGUAGACGAAGGUAACGAAAUACAAUAA